AUGUUACAAAAGAUAUGGAAUUUCUUAGGUUAUCCAACUGAGCCAGAACCUGUUGUAACCAGAAAAAAACUAUCCCUAACACCUGUCUCGGAGUUCUGUGCACGUUUUAUUGUAGUAAAGGACUUAAAAGACGGAUAUGAUACAAACAUCCCAAGUAACUUAGAUUAUCUCAAAAAAGAACUUACAAAGAUCACAAAUCAGUUAAAUCAAAAUGUCCAGCCAACUUUGCUUCCACAAAUUGAUUUUUCAAUCACAUUUAAAUCAAAAGAAACACAAGAUGAGAACAUAUUGAUUUAUUUUAAGAAUAAAAUCAUACAAAAGCAAUUUGAACAUCAAAAUUCGCUAUAUAAAGAUGCAAUUUCCGAUAUGAAUCAGAUGAUUGAGUUUAGUUCAAUGGCGUAUAACGAAAAGUAUCCAAUAUUCAUCAAUUUUAGCGAAUUUACUAAGGAAAUACAGAACAGAACAUAUAAUAACUCUAAAAUUAAAACAUUUGAAAACAGAAUUCGAAUUUUGGAUGCAAAAAUCGAGUCUAUUCAUAAGAAUUACAAAUCUCCAUCAUUUACAUCACAAAAUUUACUCAAAGAAUUGAAGAAUUUUCGAAAUAAUUUCAAUCCAAACUUCAAAUUCUUCCCAGAAUCAGAAUUUGAUAUUUAUUUUGCUAACUAUAUUGACUACAAUUCAUCGUUACUACAGAAAUUUAACAAUAUUCUUGAUGAUUUUACGUCAUACAAUUAUUCUCAAGGUUUAGACAAACUUACUAAAUGUAUUAAUGAUCUAUGCAAAGAGAUAGGUAUACCUUUAGAGUCCGAUGAAUCUCUUAUGAUUACUUGUUGCGCAAAUCGUUAUUUCUUUGAUAAAGUUGCAAUUGAAUUACCGUAUUUGCUUUUCAAUGAUUUGCAAGCGAAAGACUUUAUCAAGAGAUGUGAAUUUGCCAAAAAGAAGACUGUUGGCUCAUUAUUGGCCGAUAUGAAGAAAAUUUUUGUUCCAUCCCAAAUUAAUCGAACAAUUCUUGAUGUUUUUACAACAGAUGACCUUCUCAAAGCAUCAGUUGAAUACCUUAGUCUCAUCCAAUUCAAGAAUUCCCCUCUAGAUAUCGUAAAUCAGUUGAAUGAAUCUUUAAUUUUGAUAAACAAGUUUGUUAUCAAAUCCUCCUAUAUAAAUAAGAAAUGCAAAGGCGAUGAAUCGGUAGAAAUACCUGAAGACGUCUAUCUAAACUUCGGAAUGGUCGAAGCAGAUGAUUCUUUGACUGUUUUUUAUAUGUGUUUCCUUAUUGACCCACCGCCGAACUCAGUGGCAAUCGGAAACUUCCUGAAGACAUUCGGGAGAUUCGAUCAAUUCACUGCAUUAGAUAUGGCAUGCGUCCAUAUUUUGGCUGCAAUUAAAUUUAUUUCAACAAGUGAGCUGAUCAACCCCGAAUAA